CACACGCGCGCGCACACACACACACACACACACACACACACACACACACACACGGACACACGCACACACACACACACACACACUACCCCAUUCACCCCGGUGGCCCAGCCGUGCUAUGAGCCACAGAGGAUCAUUGUAAACGUACAGUAGAGGAAGUGACAGCCGACAUCCCCGGGAUCACUGACCCUUUGGCCGUGGAGCGCCAACACUAAAACACCAGCGGGCUGCAUGACACCAGCUUCUUAUGGGUCCGCCCCACACAGGCCAACAACCUCGCCCACCUCCCCCUCAUGAUCCUCUCUCUCUCUCUCUCUCUCUCUCUCUCUCUCUCUCUCUCUCUCUCUCUCUCUCUCUCUCUCUCUCUCUCUCUCUCUCAGUAUGAGGACCUGGGCCAUUACCCUGGGUCGGAGGCCAUGUCUUUGGGGGGCUACGGGGACGCAGUGAGGUCACUGCCCCCCCAGCACUACGGACAAACCAUCCCUGACUCCCUGAAGCAUCACAGAGACCUGAUCUACGGUCACCCGCUGUUCCCACUGCUGGCUCUAGUGUUUGAGAAGUGUGAGCUAGCCACCUGCUCUCCUCGAGACUCUGUGUCCUUUUCGGGGACCUCCCACCUCCCGGGCAUGACCAAUCACAGCGACGUGUGCUCCUCCGACUCCUUCAAUGAAGACAUUGCAGCAUUUGCCAAACAGAUUCGUUCUGAGAAGCCCAUAUUUUCUUCCAACCCAGAGCUGGACAACCUGAUGAUUCAGGCGAUUCAGGUGCUGCGCUUUCACCUGCUGGAGCUGGAAAAGGUGCACGACUUGUGUGAUAAUUUCUGCCACCGCUACAUCACCUGCCUGAAGGGCAAGAUGCCCACGGACCUGGUGAUGGACGAUCGGGAGGGCGGGUCCAAGUCGGAUAUGGAGGAUUUCACUGGCUCCUGCACCAGUCUGUCAGAGCAGAAUGCGUCAUGGUUACGGGAGCCUGAUGAGUGCGCCACAACUCCUCUUGGAACCCCUGGCAACUGUGGCCUGCCUUCACACAGCACAGCAGACAACUGCAGCGACACGGGCGACGGUAUGGACGUGGCCUCUCCCAGCACAGGGGAGGAUGAGGAAUCGGACCGCGACAGGAGAAACAACAAGAAGAGAGGGAUCUUCCCCAAGGUGGCCACCAACAUCAUGAGAGCCUGGCUCUUCCAGCACCUAUCGCACCCCUAUCCAUCAGAGGAGCAGAAGAAGCAGCUGUCCCAGGACACGGGGCUGACCAUCCUACAGGUCAACAACUGGUUCAUUAAUGCCAGGAGGAGAAUAGUCCAGCCCAUGAUCGACCAAUCAAAUCGCUCAGGUCAGGGUGGUCCCUACAGCCCAGAAGGAGCAGCUCUUGGGGGCUACGGACUUGACGGACAACACCUGGGUCUCCGUGCAGCAGGUCUCCAGGGCAUGGCCUCUCUACCGGGUGAAUACCCCGGCUCGCUGCUGGCCCAGCAGGGCUACCCUCCCCACCCCGGCAGUUCCCUGCACCCUUACCCCGGCCCCCACCCCCAUCCCGCCAUGCUCCUCCACCCGCCUCCACACACACACCCCUCUGAACCACUCCUUGCACAGGGACUGGACAUCCACGCACACUAGCCGCUUUAGAACUGCACCGCUGUGUGUGUGUGCGUGUGUGUGUGUGUGUGUGUGUGUGUGUGUGUGUGUGUGUGUGUGUGUGUGUGUGUGUGUGUGUGUGUGUGUGUGUGUGUGUGUGUGUGUGUGUGUGUGUGUGUAAUGAU